AAGUUGGGAUAUUUGGAUGAGUCUGGUUAGCAUUCUGUUGGAGUUUCCUUGGCAACAGAAAUAUUGCCUGGAGUGCUUUUAAGUUUAUUUUUAGUAUCAAUUAUGAAUUUCAGGGAGAAAAACCAUAGCUUGAACACAUUCUCAUUAGAGUUACAGAUCUUAAUAAGAACAGUACUCAUGUAUGUCACCUUUCCACAGUGACUUAAUGUCAGCUUUGUAUUCUUUACAUUCUCAUUCGUUAUUACAGUAUUACAGAAAAAGAGCAAAACCAAGUCAAUGGGAGCUCAGUGGUCACGUUCCAGUUGUCACCCUCCACUGGUCACCCUCCACUGGUCACCUUCCAAUGACUCAUCACCUUCAACCUCUAACUGGUCUCUGCUAAUCCCUGAUCUGAAAACAGAGAGAAGAACACAGCUAGGUAAAAAGAAGCAAAAGUUAGUUCUUCCACAUGAUUACGGCAUGGAGAAUGAGCUGGCCUCAUCAUUUAUGAAGUUUAAUAAGGUGGAAAGGACAUUUUCCUAGGCUCUGAGACAAAGGCAAGCAAUAGUUCGGACAUACUGGGAAUACAGACGAUACUGGGGCUUUCAAGAUGCUAUUCUACUGUUGACAUCAUACAUCUUGAUUGAAGAAAUUAAGUCAUGGCUCUGCAAAGUUAUGGCUCUGCAAAGCCUUACCUGGUGGUGUGAUAAUGUUGAUGAAAAUAAGAUUGGUGGCAGCAACAUGUAUUUCGUUAAACAUUGCAAUCAUAAUCCAACCAAUGAAUUAACCGAAGCGAAAGGUAAAUGAAGAAAAUGGAAUCUGUAGGGUUAUCUUAAAGCCAAAGCACAUACUUUGAUAAAUACCUACCUGGCUACAAUUAGAAAUACCCCAGGAUUCUUCCUCCUGCCUCCUCCCACUCCAGUCCUUGCAGAGGCCUCUGUGAGAGGCCUAGAGGACCAGAACUUGUGGCAUGUUGGCCGAGAAGGAGCUACACUCAAGUGCCUGAGUGAAGGACAGCCCCCUCCCUCGUACAACUGGAUGUGGCUGGAUGGACCUCUGCCGAGUGGGGUGCGAGCAAAAGGGGACACUCUGGGCUUUCCCCGACUGACUCCUGAGCACAGUGGCAUCUACGUCUGCCAUGUCAGCAAUGAAAUUUCUUCGAGGGAUUCUCAGGUCACCGUGGAAGUUCUUGACCCUCAAGAUCCAGGGAAGCAAGUGGACCUCGUGUCGGCCUCAGUGGUGGUGGUGGGUGUGAUCGCUGCGCUCUUGUUCUGCCUCCUGGUGGUGGUGGUGGUCCUCAUGUCCCGGUAUCACCGGCGAAAAGCGCAGCAGAUGACCCAGAAAUAUGAGGAGGAGCUGACUUUGACCAGGGAGAACUCCAUCCGGAGGCUGCAUUCUCACCAUACGGACCCUAGGAGCCAGCCGGAGGAGAGUGUAGGGCUGAGAGCCGAGGGCCACCCUGAUAGUCUCAAGGACAACAGUAGCUGCUCUGUGAUGAGUGAAGAGCCAGAGGGCCAUAGCUACUCCACGUUGACCACAGUGAGGGAGAUAGAAACACAGACGGAACUGCUGUCUCCAGGCUCUGGGAGGACAGACGACGAGGAGGAUCAGGAUGAAGGCAUCAAACAGGCCAUGAACCAUUUUGUUCAGGAGAAUGGGACACUGAGGGCCAAACCCACAGGCAACGGCAUCUACAUCAACGGGCGAGGGCACCUGGUCUGACCCAGGUCGGCCUCCCUCCCCAGGCCUGGUUUCUUCUGUUUCCAUGGGGGAUUUCAACUCUUCUAAAGAGAACCCUCCUCAAACGCCUGCAUUUCUUUAGGAAGAUACUUCCCAGACCACUGACUGCUCCACUUUGACCUCCACUCCUUCUGUUCAUCAGGAGGGCUCCAUUGGUUGAGUGCCUCCCAUCAUUGUGUGUAGGUCAUUUGUGUGUGUGUGUGUGUGUGUGUGUGUGUGUGUGUGUGUGUGCGCGCGCGCGCGCGCGUGUGUGUGUGUGUGUGUGUGUGUGUGUGUGUAAGCAUUCAUGGCACUCCAUUGUAUUUGCACAGAGGGGUGACUGUCCAUGGUGCCUGGUGUGCAUCGUGAUGUCAUGUUGAGAGUCCAAGUGAAUGGUAUGUGUGACUCUGGAUUCGUGGCUGUGUGCAGAGCAUGGCCAGGGUGUGGCUUGCGAGCAGUUGUGUCUCAUGUGUGACCUCUGCCUGCAGAUGCAGGUAUUUUCCUCCGACCCCAGAGCAGUAUUAGUGAUGCAGAGGUUGGAAGUGAGAGGUGGAGACUAUGGGCCAGAUCCAGGUGUGCAGGCAUAGCUGGAACUCGAAUCUGACCUCCAGAGUGGGGGAGCUGUGUUCCCACACUCUGGGAGCAAGUGUGAAGCAGACGUCCAGGGGUCUGUCAGAGGCUUGAACUGUUGCAGAAGCCCUCUGCCCUCUGGUGGCCUGUGUGCCUGCUGCAUGUACAUACCUUCUGUAAACCAACCUCCGAGGGAACCUCUGGAGUUCGGUUCAGACUCCCUCAGUAAGAGAAAAAGAAACUUAAAAACAAACCAACAAAACCCUUUUUGAAUUAGGAGCAUGCUUUUUUACUGGGCUUGUUUAAGCAAGGACAACCCACAUAGGCAUUCAACAAGACUGUUGAGCAAACCCCACAGCAGGGGCUAAUUCCUAUGGUUCUGGAAAGUUCUCCUCCUAGGGCACUUUCACCCAAAGAGGCUCUGGAGAGGAAGUGGGCAGCUGCCGGAGUCUGGAACCAGUGAUGUGAGAUAUAAACACUGGGAAAGGAAAAUAGAGAUGAGGUGCUUGGCUCCCUUGGCCCCUCAAACCUUCCCCUGGUUGUGUCUGCAGUUAUGUGUGCCUUCACGGAGUUGGGAUGUGGUGUCGAGGGCCCCGGGUUCAGUUGUGUAGAGGGCAGAGGGUAGCGAGGGAAGGUGGAAGUCCUGGUGAGGAGAAAGAGCUGCUGUGGGUGAAGGGUGUCAGUAGCUCCUUCCCCAGGGUCUCCUGAUUCAUUAAUUUGGGGCUCUUCUGGCACUUUCUAUGUGUGGGGCCUGGGGUUAGAUGUUUUUCUUUAGCCUGCUCAAACCUACUCAGCCAGAAUACUGAGAUUUAGUAUCCAAACCCUGUGCCGCCUGACAUCUGGUCUAAAGGAGAGGCUCUCAUCCUAUUCCCAAGCAACCCAGUACUUGUGGACCCCGAGGAUCUGGGGUCCUAGUGUGUAUAUUUCAUGUAAAUAUAUGUAUAUUUGUACAUAAAAUGAUAUUCUGUUUUUAAAUAAACAGAUAAAACUUAAAAAAAAAAGAAAGAAAGAAAUACCCCAGGACUAGUGGGGUAGAUGGUUCAGUCAGUAAAAGGCUUGACAUACAAGUAUGAGGACCUACGUUUGAAUCUGGAAGACGGAUCAGGAGGAUCCCUGGGGCUGCCA